AUGUCGUCGAGAAGCCACUGCCCGACUAUCAGUGUCACUUUUUGCCAAUCCCCGCAGGAAUCGCUGGAUACCGCCGACAUACUUGUUUGCGGUCACGUGGUCUGCUACGUCUGCCAGGCGGCCAAUUCCGAGGCGUUCUACUGCCCGCAAUGCCAAAGGGGUCGCUCCCCGCCAGGGACAGACACCCGUGUGGGGCGCUUCUACCAGCGACACGAAGAAAUCAACCAACAGCUGAGAAAGGAGUGUUGCGCGGACGAGGACGAGGAGAUCCCGCAGGACAUCACUAUUCCAAAAGUCGAGUGCUUCCGGUGCAAGAGAGUGGAUUCGAUCGACGAGUUUUGGCACUGCAACGACUGCUCGGAGAGUAUAUGCUGCACCUGCUGCCUGAAGCUGCACAGGCUUCACAAUAUCGUGUCGUUGGCCGGACCGGAAUUGACCAAGUUGACGAAGCAGACGAUCGGCAAGCUGGACGGACACUACGAGGGCCUCGGAAAGAACAUUGCCGGCCUGCACGAAGAGAUGAAAGAGGGCAUCGGCGAGCUGGUCGAAUGCCAUCGCAACGCACUGACCAAGGUGGCCGAGCAGUCUACCUACGCGGCCGGCGCGCAGAUGAACGGCGCAAUGUGGGCGAUUGCCGAAGAAUUCGAAGGAAAAUGCGAAGCCUACUUACCCCACGCCCGCAUCUACAACGACCAGCUGCGCGAUUUGAAGGAGAAGCUGGAGAUCCUCGCCAAGAAGGAA